GAAAAAGAUAAAUGUCAAACAUCACAGCAGUAUCCAAAAGAUCACGAUUUCAGGAGGAAACACUACUUUGACGACCCAGCAAAGGAGAUAAGAGUCCCCCUUUUGGCCAAAGGGUCACCAAGAUGCUUAAAGUAAAACAGUACAUCUGAAACAUGCUGAUCACCUUGUGUUUCUCCCUCCUGGUUUCUUCUGUCAUUGCCACAGAGAAAGACAGUGCCCUUCCCAGGCUAAAUGACAGCAAAGCUACUGAGGCCUUCAUCGACUCUGCCGAGGUGGUGGUCAUCGGAUUCCUGGAGGGAGAGGACAGUCCUGGCUUCAAGGAGCUUGUCGCAGCUGCAAAGCGAGUUGACUCAGUCUCUGUCGCCAUUUGUACCGUGAAGGAGGUGUGGGCCGACUACAGCCUCUCCUCAGACACAAUCACCCUUUUCAGAAAGGCUGAUAACCACCAAGAGAACCUUGGUAUUGCCGAGGCCAAGAAGGUAGAAGCUGAUGGUCUUGUUAACUUCAUCAGCAUCAAUGAAGUCCGAUACGUCACAGAAUAUAAUCAAGUGACAGCAGUGGGCUUGUUCAACUCAGAGGUGAAGUCGCAUCUCCUGCUCUUCGCCAACAGAGGGACAAAAGAAUUCACUGAGCUCAAGAAGACACUGCAGACUCUCGCCCCUGAGUUCACAGGAAAGUUCUUGUUCGUGGUCAUUAAUGGAGCAGUGAAGUCAAACUCUCGAUCACUGGGCUACUUCGGCCUCAAGUCCAAGGACCUCCCACGAGUCGGGAUCUAUGAUGCAGACACUGACAUGAAGUGGCUCCUACCUGAGGGAGAGAUUUCUAAUGAACGAGUGCGAGAGUUCUGCCAUUCCUUUCUCAAAGGGGAACUAAAGGAUGUGAAGCAGGCAGGAGCAGAACCCAAAACUGAGCUCUAGAAGAACAAACGUAAAUGAAUUAAUUUUUAUGAAAUAAAACGACAGAAAUGAAAAA